GCUCAUUUGGUAGAGCAUGUCGUUAACACCGACAAGCACACUAUUCUACUCGAUCGGACAAGCCUCAGUCCAGUUCUCGUGUGUGUGGGGGUGCCAAUUCAAUCCCAAUUUCAAAAAAUCAUGGCAUCGCCAGCCACGUCGCUGUCGCCUCCGACGCAGCCGUCCACUCCAUCAUCGCAGCCACAAGCACAACAGCAGCAGCGUGCACUGCUGCUCACGACUGCGAGCGCGCUGGGCAUCUCGGCGCACUCGUUCAUCCACUCGUAUACGCUGGCCUCGUCGCUCUUUGCAGUGACGAUCGCGACGCCCGGCGGAGGGCCGCUCCACUUCCCAGAGACUGACGCAAACUCGCGACGAUGGCUCGACGACUUUCUCGCCAAGCCAGCCGCGGUCCCGGUCGCCGUCGAGUCGCUCGAUCUGACCCUGUUUGCCGCGCUGCUCAUUCCCGGAGGCGCCGGCACCAUCACGGAUCUCCCGCACAAUGCUGCUGUGGCGCACUUGGCAAUGGCGUUCGAUCGCGAUAAAAAGCUCAUCUGUGCCGUGGGAUUGGGUGUAUCUGUGCUCUGUGCAAGUGCGUUGCUUGGAAACAAGGGCGCAGACUGGCAGUUCGCCGGACGGUGCAUGACUGCUCCAUCCAAUGUCGAACUCGCCCGCACGACGCUGCUUGCCGAGCAACCGCUCCUGCUCGAAGACUUUCUGCGAGACAACGGCGCCUGUUAUUCUGCCGCGAAAAGCGAUUCCGUCCACGUUGUCAUCGACAACAAUCUCAUCACUGCUCAGAACGAUGCAUCCACGCUUUCCGCCGUGCAGAACUUGAUAUUGCUUGGCAACAACAGCAGGCGAGAACGCAAGGCUGCUGCAUGAACUUGUGGUGACUGCUGUGUUUGUGCAAUGCGAAUGCAUACUGUUGGUACUAUUGGUAGAUGUGCUUCCCC